AACUAUAAAUAUAACCAUCUCGUCAUCUUUUCACCAACUGAUUUGGUUUAAUUUCCAAAGUGAAGCUAUACCAGUUGGAGGAUCUUUCCAUUUGAAAUAUAUAGCGGAUGUCAAAUCUGGGGCAAAUUGACACUGACUUUUACCAGUCUAAUUAUACUAUUGAUGACCAGGAGCAAAGCUGUAAUGAUGCCAAUAUGUAUGGAAAUCUUUAUGGAUCUGGAGAACAAGCUGGUGGGCAAUUUCAGCCCACCUCUCUUGUUCCUCCGGAGAUGCUCACAUCAAGUCACCCAGGACAAGUUUUUCAGCCAGCAGCCAACUCGGAUUAUUAUUCACAAUCACCUUACAUUGACAGUUUUGAUGAAGAGCCUCCUUUGCUAGAAGAACUUGGAAUCAAUUUUGAUCACAUAUGGCAAAAAACAUUGACAGUGUUAAACCCAAUGAAGCCAGCAGAUGGCAGCAUAAUGAACGAAACGGACCUCACCGGGCCCAUCCUUUUCUGUGUAGCCCUGGGCUCUACCCUGCUUCUGGCAGGAAAAGUUCAGUUUGGGUACGUGUAUGGUAUGAGUGCCCUUGGCUGCCUGGGGAUUCAUGCCUUACUGAACUUGAUGAGUUCCUCGGGAGUAUCGUACGGCUGUGUGGCCAGCGUGCUGGGUUACUGCCUGCUCCCCAUGGUCAUCCUGUCCAGCUGUGCCAUCUUCUGCUCAUUGCAGGGCAUCCUGGGGACACUGACAGCCCUGCUUGUGGUCAGCUGGUGCAGUCUCUCGGCUUCCAAGAUCUUCACUUCGGCCUUGGACAUGGAAGGACAGCAGCUUCUCAUUGCCUACCCUUGUGCCUUACUUUAUGGACUUUUUGCCCUUCUAACAGUUUUCUGAACAGUGUUUGAGAUGGUUUGCACGAUUCUAUUUAUUUGCUCUUUGGAUUAUUCUGAAGUCUAUUAGCAUUCAAAUUUGGUGGUAUGAUUUCUCUUUUAUUACUGUUGUGAGAAUAAUAAGCAGAGAGACAAAACAGCACUUAUGGACGGUGCUGCAAUGCUCUGUUUGCUUUGAAUCCUAUUUCACUUUUCAGUUUGGCACAUUACAACAUUUUAAAAUGAUUUCAAAUAAAAAGGAUGUACUUGCUACACUGAUGAA